GUUAAGCUUUGUAUCGGUCCAUACAUUCUGUCCAGUAUCUCCUUCGUCCAUUAUAUUGCAUGAUCUAUUCGUCGCUGCAGCAACCACACGAGCCACCUGGAAGAUCGUCGCCCGCAACGUAACGAACCCUUUCAGCGAAAUCCGAUGCCAGCGGGCGAACUAGGCAAGGUUCAAGGACCCUCUGAACGGGAGAGUCGUACCAACCAUGGAACGAAUGAGGUUAAUGCUUGUACUGCUUGCCGUGCUGGGUCUUCUCGUUGUUGCGAUUAGUGCAACAGUGGCUCAGCCCGAUGUGACCGGAGACGACCCGGAACUCGAGGAAUUUGACUACGAAAUGUCCGAUUCUGAUCCCGAAGACCGCACGGAGUUACGCGAUGGAUGGAAAGUCUGGGUGUCCCCGUUUCAUCUUACCGGAUUCAAAUUAUCGACGGUGACUACCACCAUGGAUCGACACAUGACGAAGAUGAGGCAGCGCGAUAAGGAUCGUGCAACAGCCGGCAUGGACCAGGAAACCAUCGCGAGACUCGAGCCCCUAAAUUGUCAGGAUUCCGGACCUUACAGGACCUUUGACGGUUCGUGUAACAAUCUUUUCUAUGGUUGUUGGGGCCGCGCUGGUGAGACCUAUGGACGGCUUUUACCACCCGAUUACGCUGACGAGAUGGGAAAACCGCGUUGGGGCAAAAAAGGUCACAAACUACCAAACGUUCGUGAGUUGUCGCGCGUGAUGCAGGGAAACCAGGUUCAGUCAUCUCAAACGAGUUCCGCGACCUACACUGAUAUGACCACUCAUUUCGGACAGUUUCUCGCCCACGAGGUAUCUUCAGCGGCUCCAUACUUCGACAAGGAGAUACGGAAUGGAAAGGUCGUCCGAAUCACUCCUGUCUGCUGUCACAAGGUAAAUAAAGACAGUGAAUGUCACCCAAUCGAGAUUGGCCAUGGAGACCCAUUUUACGAGGAUGGACAUUGUAUUGAACUUGUACGCUCGCGGCCGUACAACGCGUCCGAAACUGCCUGCCUCAAAAACAACGCCGUAAAAUCAAACAUUCGUGAACAAGUGAAUGUUGUGACGUCAUUUAUUGAUGGUUCAGUAAUCUAUGGUUCGUCGACUAAAAAAGCUGAAAGCCUCGUUGAUGACGACGGUUCCAUGAAAAUGGACAGGAACUCUAGAUAUAUCCGUGGAGGUCUUAUGCCUCGCACCGAUGAAGAAGGAUCCUGCAGCAGCUAUUAUCCCGGUUGCGACGGACGUUGCUUUAAGGCCGGUGACAUUCGUGCUUCUUUAACUCCAAUGCUUGGUGCAUUGCAAACGAUAUAUCUGCGCGAACAUAACCGAAUCGCUUCCCAUUUCGUGCAGAGGAACUGGACGAAGUGGCAGGUCUACAAUGUGUCCCGAAAAAUUGUUGGGGCAAUGAUUCAGGUAAUUACAUUCAAAGAGUAUCUGCCGCUGAUGUUGGGCCAAGAAACAAUGAGCCGUUAUAACUUAACUAUUCCUUCGCCCCAGUACAGAUAUCACCAUCAUCUAAACCCGUCGAUUAUAAAUACCUGGGCCACAGCUGCUUGCCGGGUGUCCCAUUCGAACGUUGCCGAUAAGAUGAAACGCGAGGGUAAAACGCUUGACAGAUGCCCUAGUUUGGCCUAUGAUAUUAAUAAUAUGGACGACUAUUGUAAACCUGAAACCGACCCUGUGCGUUCCUUCCUGGUUGGUGCCUGCGAACAGCGUAUGCAGGAGUUGAACACGGUUUACACCCGAGAGGUUACACGCUACCUGUUCUCGACACCGAUGAAACCCGGGAAGGAUCUUCGUUCGAUUGACUACCAUCGUGGCCGUGAUCACGGGAUCCCUUCGUACAACCAGUGGAGGCAGCUAUGCGGCUUGCGACCUUACGGCUCGUUCGAGGCAAUGAAAGCUGCCUGUUCAAACCGUUACGGAGACCUCAUUAAUAAAUUAAAACACCUAUACAACAACGAGAUCGACGAUUUAGACUUUGGUGUGGGCGCUAUCCUCGAACCGGUGUUCCCUGGCUCCACAUUUGGGCCUACCGUCACUUGCCUGUUUGGUCAUCAGUUCAAUCGACUUAAGUUCGGCGAUCGGUUUUGGUUCGAGAAUCCUAAAGUGCCAACAGCGUUUACUAAGGGACAGUUAUCAAGAAUCUACAGGAUCACACUAGCAGGCUUAAUCUGCGCAAACACAGAUAUUCUGCGAAUCCAACGAAAUGUAUUUCUUAUUCCUGGAUCGACCAAUCCUGUUGUGAGCUGUUCACAGCUGUUAGCGGAACAAGAUCUUCAACUGAAUUCCUAUAAUUACUAAUGGUAAAAUUCGGUAUAAAAUAAGCAACUGAUUAAAUACGAUUGCUUGUCUUGUCUGCUAACUGUCAAUAACCAAAAAAUAGUAACUCAGGAUAGUGAUUUACACAUUAUGCGACAUAUUAGCCUUAGUGUAUACAAUAAAUAUAGGUUUGUUAGCCAGCCACUUAUGUCACACUUUGUUAAAGAAUAGUAAAAGUAAUUUUACUGUUUGUUCGACACUAGUUAAAAGACUUCUCUAAUUAAACCAUAAUCUCUAAUUUAACCAUAAUUCUCUAAUUAAACAGCUAUCACCAGAUUACAAGUUUAUU